GAGAAAGGCUGCUAGUGCCCUGCAGCGAAUAUGGCCCGUACCAAGCAGACGGCUCGUAAAUCCACUGGUGGCAAAGCGCCCCGUAAGCAGCUUGCUACUAAAGCUGCCCGGAAAAGUGCCCCCGCCACGGGCGGGGUGAAGAAGCCCCAUCGCUACCGCCCCGGCACCGUGGCCCUGCGGGAAAUCCGCCGCUACCAGAAAUCCACCGAGUUGCUGAUCCGCAAGCUGCCCUUCCAGCGCCUGGUGCGGGAGAUCGCCCAGGACUUCAAGACGGACCUGCGCUUCCAGAGCUCGGCUGUCAUGGCCCUGCAGGAGGCGAGUGAGGCUUAUCUGGUGGGGCUCUUCGAGGAUACCAACCUGGCAGUUAGGGUCGAAAUGUCUGGUCGGGGCAAAGGCGGAAAGGGGCUGGGUAAGGGAGGUGCUAAGAGGCACCGCAAGGUCUUAAGGGAUAACAUCCAAGGUAUUACUAAGCCUGCGAUCCGCCGACUAGCUCGCCGCGGCGGGGUGAAGCGCAUCUCGGGGCUCAUCUACGAAGAGACCCGCGGGGUGCUGAAGGUUUUCUUGGAGAACGUGAUCCGCGACGCGGUGACUUAUACUGAGCACGCUAAGCGAAAGACGGUAACUGCCAUGGAUGUGGUGUACGCCCUGAAGCGCCAAGGGCGCACCCUGUACGGCUUUGGGGGUUAAAUUGCCAGCCAAGGAGCCGAAACUGUGUUAGAAGGAGACCGUGCUUGUGAUGUGAAAUCCUUGCGCAGCUAACCUUAGCUGUGGAUUGUUGGAUUCGUGGCUAAUGUCUGGCUUUUAUUUGGAGAUAAAUAUUUUCCUUCUCCGUUGUCCUUUUCGAAACCUUUUGAUACUUUGUAACAAAGCAGCUUCCUUGCCUUCAGCAGGAAACUGCCUUUGGGUGAUAAGGGAAAUCUGUUUUCGUAGUAAUCUAAUGGUGACU